AUGAACCAGCUCCGUCUGGAGGCCGACGAGGCAUCUGGAAAGGUUGAGGAACUCCAGGCCAAGGUCAAGGUGCUAGAGCAAGAGAACUUGACCAAGGAGCAAGAGAUCACCUCGCUGCAGCACAAGAAUAACCUUCUUGAGGGUGAGGUUGAGAAGCUCGAGACCGCCUCCAAGGAUUUCAAGAAGGCCGCCGAUGAGGGCCAGGAGCACGGCACCCAGAACGAGACCCUCCAGCGCCGGCUGCAGCUCCUCGAGGAGGAGGCCGAGGAGGCCGACAAGACUCUCCGUGAGGCCAACGAGAAGCUCCGAACGACCGAUGUCAAGGCCGGCCACUUCGAGCGAAAGGUCCAGGCCCUCGAGUCCGACCGCGACCAGUGGGAGGCCAAGUACGAGGAGAUGGCCAAGAAGUACGCCACCCUGCAGAAGGAGCUGGAGGACCUCCAGAACGAGAUUGGCAACAUUUGA